GACUCGCUCGAUGAUUCGAAGCGCGAAGAUUAAAGUCAUCGAAAUAAAAUUAAACGCAAAAAUAAAAAUUAAGUUUUGAAAAAAAAAUCAAUAUCAAUCGAUAAUAUAUCGACCUGCGAGCGCGAGCUUCGAGUUCUCGAAAUCUCCUGCAGGCAGCUGAUUCAGCGUUGUUGUUUGCGGAUCUGUUUUAAGAACGUGUGUGUUUCUACCCCAAAUUUUCCCUCGCCAUACAAGUUAUACGUUAAUCUUUAAAAGUUUUUAAAUAUUUAGAUAAGACUGGAAAGAGAGAAAAUAUUUUAUAGUCCUUUUAUCGGUCGUUCUAUCCGUGCUGAAAACUCCUUUGGCACUGAACGGUCACGAAAAGUGUCUGUCGCCUGCCGCAGGUUAUGUCAUUGCGCGAGAGCUAGUCGGGGGAAAAAAAAAUCGAAAAUUCCAGGAUGACGAACGAGCAGGUCGAGGUGGAUCUGUAUCGGGACACGUAUGUAAGAUAUUUAGGUUACGCGAACGAGGUCGGAGAGGCGUUCAGGAGCCUCGUACCAAAGUCCGUCGUGUGGUUCAGUUAUGCCGUAUCCAGCGGUUACGUUCUCGCGGACACGGUGCACAAGGGCGCGAAAGUCUACCGAACAGAUAUCACCCCGCAGAGGACCAAGAACGUCCUGCUGUCCACGUCAGACACUUUGAUUUGGCAGGCGUUCGCGUCGGUGAUAAUUCCCGGUUUCACCAUAAACAGGAUUUGCGCGGCAGUGCUGUUCGCGCAGAGAAGAAGCAUAAGAGCGGCCUGGAAGAAGCCUUGGAUCCCCACGCUUAUCGGUCUGGUAUCUAUUCCUUUCAUAAUACAUCCUAUUGACCACGCCGUGGAGGGGGCGAUGGAUGUUACUUACAGGAAAUGGACGGGAUACCAUCCAAAGGAGCCUCUAUGCGGUAUAAAACACGAUUAACGAUACGUAGUUAAUUGAUUAUAGUAACCUGAGAGAGAGGUCGUGCUUGAGCAAAGAUAUAUAAUGGCUAUAUUGAAGAGUUUAUUCUAUUUUUUACACAAAAUAAUUAAAAGACCUUAUACUAUAUGUGGUGGGAGGAGUACAACCAUAUUUUUUACAAUCUCUAUUACCUAAGGUCGGUUUAACGAUGAUCAAAUUGAAAUGCCUGAAAAUCUUUUUUAAAAUCGCAAAAUGUAAAUUUAAAUUCCUUGUAAUAUGCUAUACGAAAUAAGGCUCGUAAAAUAUGAAGUAAACCGUGAAAGAAUAUGUAAGAUAUAUAUUAAAAGAAGUUAAGCUACAAACUCGAGCUCCGUCGAAUCGUUUUAGAGAAACAUUUACGCGACCUCUCCUGGUUUAGAAACGGUUCAGUAUUACUGCCAAAUAUAUUCCAAGAUAGUACAACACAAUGCACUUAGAAUAUCUUAUUGCUAAUCGCAAGAAUGUUAAAUAUUUUUGUUAAAAUGUACAUUUUAUUACAGCUACACGCUAUACAAUUAUAUUGUACAGCUGUAUGUGCAUUAAGAUUUUUAGCUGGCUUUCAUGCCGCACUUGUUAAGAUGUUGAAUAAAGUUAUUGAUUUAACAUUC